AUGAAGUUCGGAGUGGAGAGGGCUGAUGUCUUGACACCUAUCGGAGAGCAGGUGUGUGCCAAAACCACAGAAGAUUACCUAUCCGAGAGCGAGGUGAUUACCUACUGCUGUGUUGUCGCUAUCAAAACUUCUGAGGACGACGUUGAGACACCGCUCGGACGAUUGGCAAUUGAGUGGAAACGCACUGUAGUUGAUGUGGACGGACCAAAAAUCGGCGUCGUGGACGAAAAAUAUUUGCAGGACAGAUGGAGUGAGUACUGUACGAUCGGUAGUACCCUUAUGUCGAGUGCCGUUGGUGCAGUGUCCCAUAACGAUCAGUGGUACAUUAGUGGACCCACGAGCAGCUACCGUACGUAA